ACAACACAAACUAUCAUCAAUUUUGUAUAUCCGAUUCCUCCUGAUUCACGAGUUUUUGCAGAGAGAUUGGUUUCUGGUUUCUCCGGAUCGUUGAGUUUGGGAGCGAACAACAAUGGUGGGAAACGACUGGGUUAAUAGUUACCUGGAGGCGAUUCUCGCUGCCGAACCUGGAAUCGGCAAUUCUAAAUCGUCUGGAACCGGCAAUUCCAAAUCGUCUCUUCUACUGAGAGAGCGUGGCCAUUUCAGUCCUACUCGUUAUUUCGUCGAAGAGGUUAUCACAGGUUUCGAUGAGACUGAUCUUCACCGUUCCUGGGUUCAGGCUGCUGCCACGAGGAGUCCGCAAGAGCGGAACACGAGGUUGGAGAAUUUGUGUUGGAGGAUCUGGAAUUUGGCUCGCCAGAAGAAACAGGUUGAAGGGAAAAAUGCUAAGCGUGAAGCUAAAAGGCAGCGUGAGCGUGAAAAAGCAAGGAGGGAAGUAACUGCUGAGAUGUCAGAAGAUUUCUCUGAAGGAGAGAAGGCAGAUAUGCCUGGUGAAAUCCCAACUCCUAGUGAUAACAACACCAAAGGAAGAAUGUCUCGGAUUAGUUCUGUUGAUGUCUUUGAGAAUUGGUUUGCUCAACACAAAGAGAAAAAGCUUUACAUUGUCUUAAUAAGUCUUCAUGGUUUGAUACGUGGUGAAAACAUGGAGCUUGGUCGGGAUUCUGAUACUGGUGGCCAGGUGAAGUAUGUUGUGGAACUUGCAAGGGCAUUAGGCUCAAUGUCAGGAGUCUAUCGUGUCGAUUUGUUGACCAGACAGGUAUCAGCGCCAGAUGUGGAUUCCAGCUACUCUGAGCCGUCUGAGAUGUUACAUCCUUUAGACACAGAUACAGAGCAGGAGCAUGGAGAGAGUAGUGGCGCUUAUAUAAUCCGUAUUCCUUUUGGUCCGAAAGAUAAAUAUGUACCAAAAGAGCUCCUCUGGCCUCAUAUCCCUGAAUUUGUUGAUAGGGCACUUAGCCAUAUUAUGCAGAUUUCAAAGGUUCUUGGUGAGCAAAUUGGUGGUGGACAACAAGUGUGGCCAGUUUCUAUUCACGGGCACUAUGCAGAUGCUGGUGAUUCCGCUGCUCUUCUAUCUGGAGCUCUGAAUGUACCAAUGGUUUUUACUGGGCAUUCUCUUGGUCGUGAUAAGCUUGAGCAACUCCUGAAACAAGGGCGGCCAAAAGAAGAAAUCAAUUCCAACUACAAGAUAAUGAGACGAAUAGAGGCAGAGGAGCUAUGUCUUGAUGCUUCUGAGAUUAUCAUAACUAGUACAAGGCAAGAGAUAGAAGAGCAAUGGCGCCUUUAUGAUGGUUUUGAUCCGGUUUUGGAGCGUAAACUCAGAGCAAGAAUGAAAAGGGGUGUUAGCUGUCUAGGCAGAUUUAUGCCUCGCAUGGUUGUUAUUCCUCCAGGAAUGGAAUUUCAUCACAUUGUACCACAUGAUGUGGAUGCAGAUGGAGAUGAUGAAAAUCCACAAUCUGCUGAUCCACCAAUUUGGUCUGAGAUUAUGCGCUUCUUCUCUAACCCGCGCAAGCCUAUGAUUCUCGCUCUUGCUCGGCCAGACCCUAAAAAGAACUUGGUUACUCUAGUCAAAGCCUUUGGAGAAUGCCGUCCAUUACGGGAGCUUGCGAACCUUACACUGAUAAUGGGAAAUCGAAAUGAUAUUGAUGAGUUGUCCAGCACGAAUUCCUCUGUGCUGCUCUCAAUUCUGAAGCUAAUCGACAAGUACGACUUAUAUGGUCAAGUCGCAAUGCCUAAGCAUCACCAACAAUCUGAUGUGCCUGAAAUUUAUCGUUUAGCAGCCAAAACAAAGGGAGUAUUUAUAAAUCCAGCUUUCAUCGAACCAUUUGGACUGACUCUAAUCGAGGCAGGAGCGCAUGGCCUGCCCACUGUUGCAACAAUUAAUGGAGGACCUGUUGAUAUUCAUCGGGUUCUUGACAAUGGUCUUCUAGUUGACCCUCAUGAUCAGCAAGCUAUAGCUGAUGCUCUCCUGAAACUAGUUUCUGACAGACAGCUAUGGGGAAGAUGCAGACAAAACGGCCUAAAUAACAUUCACCUGUUUUCAUGGCCAGAGCAUUGCAAAACAUAUUUGGCUCGGAUAGCUUCGUGCAAGCAAAGACAUCCUAAAUGGCAGAUAGUUGAGUUUGAGAACUCAGACCCCGAUUCACCCAGCGACUCUCUUAGAGAUAUACAUGACAUCUCCUUGAACCUAAAACUUUCCUUAGAUGGCGAAAAGGGUGGAAGUAACAAUGGUGUAGAUACUAACUUAGAUGCUGAAGACAGCGCUGCUGAACGUAAAGCUCAGGUAGAGAAAGCUGUUUCAACCUUGGCACAAAAGAGCAAACCAGCAGAGAAAUUUGAUUCCAAGAUGCCGGCUUUGAAAAGACGGAAACAUAUAUUUGUCAUUUCUGUGGACUGCGGCGCAACCUCAGAUCUUCUCGCAGUGGUGAAAACAGUUAUCGAUGCUGCAGGAAGAGGCGGUUCAACAGGAUUCAUACUCUCAACCUCAAUGACUAUAUCUGAGACUCACACAGCAUUGCUUUCAGGAGGGUUGAAACCACAAGACUUUGAUGCUGUUAUUUGCAGCAGUGGAAGUGAACUCUACUUCACGUCUGCUGGUUCUGAGGAUAAGACCGCACUUCCUUAUACACUCGAUGCAGAUUAUCAUUCCCAUAUAGAAUUCCGCUGGGGUGGAGAGAGCUUGAGGAAGACUUUGAUCCGCUGGAUUAGUUCUGUUCAAGAGAAGAAAAAGGCGAAACAAGGAGAGAUUUUAGUUGAAGACGAGUCUUCUUCUACCAACUAUUGCUUAUCCUUCAAAGUGAAAGAUCCCACUUUGAUUCCUCCAAUGAAAGAGCUGAGGAAAUUGAUGAGAAUUCAAGCAUUACGUUGCAAUGUGGUUUACUGCCAAAAUGGAGCUAGGCUUAAUGUAAUCCCUGUUCUUGCCUCACGAUCUCAGGCCCUUAGGUAUUUGCUAGUGCGAUGGAGCAUUGACUUAUCGAACAUGGUGGUGUUCGUGGGAGAUUCAGGUGACACGGAUUACGAAGGCUUGCUUGGAGGAAUUCACAAAACAGUGAUACUUAAAGGCUUAGCCAGUGACUUGCACGAGCUACCCGGCAACAGAAGCUACCCAAUGGAGGAUGUGACUCCACUGAACAGUCCCAAUAUUACCGAAGCUAAAGAAUGUGGUCGUGACGCCAUUAAGGCCGCUCUAGAAAAGCUUGGGAUCAAGCCUUGAGGCUGUUUUUUUUUUUCUCAAUAAAAGAAGUUUUUGUUG